AUGGAAUCCCCAUUUAUCCCAUAUCUUCCUCCAUCAGUGAAAUUCCCAAACUAUGCUAAUAUUUGGUCUAAGGACAUAGAAUUUAGUGGUUCAAGUUUAGCAUCAAAGCGGUCACUUGCAUUUCAUGCUCUUGGUUAUGCCAGAGGUUCUCAAAAACCGGCAGUCAUUAUAACAUCAUCAGGAACAGCGGUCUCGAAUCUUCUUCCUGCUGUUGUGGAGGCUAGCCAAGAUUUUGUGCCACUUCUGUUACUUACAGCAGACCGGCCCCCAGAGCUUCAAGACGUCGGGGCCAACCAAGCAAUCAAUCAGGUCAAUCAUUUUGGUUCAUUUGUGCGGCAUUUUUUCAGUCUUCCUGCACCUACUGAUGAUAUUUCAGCAAGGAUAGUACUUACCAGUAUUGACUCUGCUGUAUAUAUGGCAACCUCAUCACCACAUGGUCCUGUUCAUAUCAACUGCCAUUUCCGAGAACCACUGGAGAAUAGUCCACAGAUGUGGAUGCGUAGCUGUUUAGAUGGAUUAGAUUUUUGGAUGUCGAAUACUGAACCAUUUACCAGCUAUAUUCCAUUACAAUAUUCUAUGACCUGUGAUAAUAUGUAUGGGCAUAUUGGUGAAGUUCUGAAGCUGAUUCAAGGGGCAAAUCGAGGGCUUUUACUUUUUGGUCCGAUUCACAAAGUGGAUGACAUAUGGGCAGCUCUUCUGUUGGCUAAACACCUAUUGUGGCCAGUUGCAGUAGACAUCCUGUCGGGCUUACGUUUGAGAAAGUACUUCUCAUCCUUUCUCGAUAGCAAGGACAUUUUGUUUAUUGAUCAACUCGAUCAUUUGUUACUCUCAGAUUCUUUCAAGGAUUGGAUGCAGAUUGAUGUGAUAAUCCAGAUUGGAAGUCGGAUAACAAGCAAGCGCAUAUCUCAGAAGCUGGAGCAUAACUUUCCUUACCCAUAUAUAUUGGUUGACGAGCAUCCAAGGCGUCAUGAUCCUUCACACAUUGUGACACACAGGAUCCAGAGUACCAUCACCCAGUUCUGUGAUUGUUUGAUUAAAGCUUGCACACCACACGUUAGUAAUAAAUGGAGAGGGUUUCUACGAGGAUUGGACAUGAUGGCUGCCUGGGAGACAUCGUUUUUGAUUGGUUCAGAAAACUCAUUGACCGAACCGUAUGCUGCUGGGAUAAUACUUCAAGCCCUUCGCUGUGAAUCUGCUCUUUUUCUGGGAAACAGCAUGCCAAUACGUGAUGCAAAUAUGUAUGGCUGUAACCGGGCUCCAUGUACGCAUACUACUUAUCCUAUGUUUAGCUCUGGAUUACCAUGUCACUGGAUACAGGUUGGUGCAAAUCGAGGAGCUAGUGGCAUCGAUGGGUUAAUUAGCACUGCCAUUGGAUUUGCAGUUGGCUGCAGCAAACGAGUUCUUUGUGUGAUUGGAGAUGUUUCAUUUCUGCAUGAUGCCAACGGAUUGGCACUAUUGAAACAACGGAUUCACCGGAAACCGAUGGUCAUAGUUGUGAUAAACAAUCAUGGUGGUGGAAUCUUCAGUCAACUUCCAGUUGCAAACGUUACGGAAAGAAGUAUUCUACAUCAGUUUUUCUACACAUCUCAUGAUGUGUCAAUCCAGAAUCUAUGUGCAGCACAUGCUGUGAAGCAUGUACAGGUGCAGUCAAAAAUUGAACUACAAGAUGCUUUAUUCACAUCUCAGCACGAAGAUGUUGACUGCGUCAUCGAAGUUGAGAGCUGCAUUGAUGCCAAUGCCACCUUUCAUAGUCAUUUAAGAAAAUUUGCUCGACAAGCAUCAGAUCAUGCUUUAAACAUCCUCUCAAAGCUUUCAGUUACAGAUUCCACAUUCCAGGAGCAUGUGAUUUACAAAAUCAUUAAAAUGGAAUGCUCUCUAUAUCGAGUUCAGCUAAACGCCCCACCUACUUCAGCUUCUCGUAGUACCAACACAAACACAUUCUACAGAGAAGGAUAUGUAAUAACACUGUCUCUUGAAGAUGGAAGCACUGGAUUUGGGGAGGUUGCUCCUCUUGAAACCCACAGAGAGAACUUGCUGGACGUUGAAGAGCAACUACAGUUUCUUAUUCAUGUCAUAGAAGGAACUACAAUUGAUUACAUGCUACCUCUAUUGAAGGGCUCAAUUUCUUCUUGGUUAUGGAAUAGUUUAGGAAUCUCGCCAGGUUCAAUCUUACCCAGUGUCAGGUGCGGAUUAGAGAUGGCUCUCCUCAGUGCAAUUGCCGCAAGAGGAGGUUGCAAUCUAUUGGAUGUUCUUCGUCCAAAGAGAGAAGAAUUCUCCAGGGGUCCAUCAGAUGUUCCGAUUUGUGCCCUUAUUGACUCUUACGGAAGUCCCGCGGACACAGCUUUUGUUGCAUCUGCUCUAGUUGAAGAAGGGUUUACUACAAUAAAGAUAAAAGUUGCACGUAGGGCCGAUCCUUUUGAAGAUAUUGCUGUAAUACAAGAGGUGAGAAAGAAGGUGGGUCAUCAUAUUGUUAUUCGUGCUGAUGCAAAUCGGAAAUGGACCUAUAGUGAAGCAAUUCAAUUCGCACAUUCAGUAAAAGAUUGCUGCUUACAGUAUAUUGAGGAGCCCGUUAAAGAUGAAGAUGAUAUAAUCAAAUUCUGUGAAGAGACUGGCUUACCCGUGGCACUGGAUGAAACUAUCAACUAUAGUAGAGAGAACCCUCUUGAGGUCCUCAAGAAAUUCACCCACUCUGGAGUAGCAGCUGUUGUUAUCAAACCGAGCAUUAUUGGAGGUUUUGAAACUGCAGCUGUGGUUGCACGAUGGGCUCAGCAGCAUGAGAAGAUGUCUGUUGUCAGUGCUGCAUUUGAAACUGCCGUGGGUUUGUCUGCAUAUAUUCAAUUUGCCCAUUAUUUGGACCUGCAAAAUGCUGAUAUUUGUAGAUUAAUGAGUAGGAAACCAGAUUUGUCUAUAGCCCACGGUCUUGGAACUUACCGGUGGUUUAAAGAAGAUGUGACAGUGGAGCCUCUAAAUAUCUCUGCAGCAGCAUCUGUUGCUGAUGCUGGUCGAUUUCUCCAGCAAUGCCAAAUCAACCCCAAUAUGGUUGUUAAAGCUUCUGCUCAAGCACAAGUUAGGAAAUAUCCAUUAACAGUUAAUGCAGACAGUGUCUCCUUUUCUCUAAAUAUUCUUGAAAUUGGGAAAAGCAUUGAUUCACUGCAGGAUACUGUAGUUGUGUUUUUUCACGGCUUUCUUGGAACUGGUGAAGAUUGGAUCCCUAUAAUGAAGGCCCUCUCAAGCUCAAUCAGAUGCAUUGCAAUUGACCUUCCUGGCCAUGGUGGAUCGAAGUUGCUUGAUAUUUCACAGGGACAAAGUUUGUCGAUGGAUUUAGUUGUCAAUAUGUUACGGAAAGUCCUUCACGAUCUUACUCCUGGAAAGGUUGUUCUUGUGGGGUACUCGAUGGGAGCAAGGAUCUCUUUAUACAUGGCCCUUAAAUGCAGGAAUAAGGUUGAAGGAGCCGUCAUAAUUUCUGGAAGCCCGGGCUUGACAGAUCCAGAUGCAAGAACAAGUCGCAGGGCUAAAGAUGAUUUCCGAGCCUCCUCCCUUGUUUCAAAUGGCUUAGAAUUUUUCCUAGAUACUUGGUAUUCUGAAGAACAGUGGACCAGUUUCAGAAGCCAUCCACACUUCAUGCAAAUAGUUGCUAACCGUUCACAGCAUGAUGAUGUGCACACUCUUGCUAAAGUUUUAUCUGAUCUAAGCAUCGGAAGGCAACAAUCCCUGUGGGAAGAUCUGAAGAACUGCACAUUACCUCUUUUGCUCGUCGUGGGGGAAAAGGAUAUUAAACUCAAGAAGAUUGCUAGGGAAAUGUACUCGAAAAUGAGCAAUGUAACUAAUGAUACUGACUGUCCACCAAUUAUUGAAAUUCCAAAUUCUGGGCAUGCUGUACAUCUUGAGAAUCCCCUUCCUGUUAUAGCUGCUGUAAGCCGGUUCCUAAGGAGACCGAAGUCAAGUUGAUCCCUAAGGACAAGUUGUUGACUUUGAUGAAUUUUGUUGUUUUUGGAUGACAUUUUUAUUGCUCUACCUUUUAGUUGUAUUUUGCCUCUUCUUC